AUGCUAUCCCUACCUGGUGUCGCGACGGACUCGUCUAUUGAACCUGCGGAGCAGAGCGAGGAGUUAGUCAGCGAUGUCUGCCGCGACAUCAAGUCUUUGGACAUCGCCAAGCGGAACCUCACGCUGACUGUCACCGCGUUGAAACGGUUGGUCAUGUUGGUCACCGCCCUCGAGCAGCUGCGCACGCAGGCCUCCUGCCGCCAGUACGACGAGGCCGCUGGCCUCAUCCACGCCGUCGAGGAGCUGGCCGGCCACUUCUUGGAGCUCCGGCACGUGGCGCGGGUGGCGGACCUGCUGGAGCGCAAGGCGGGCGUCCUGGGCGACCUCCGCCAGCAGCUCCUGGACGACUACGCCUCGCUGCUCGGCGGCGCGGCGCGGCAGGACCUCCCCGAGGGUUGGGGCGCCGCGGCGGCCAGCUGCGUGGACGCCUUGGGGCCGUCCAUGCGCCGGGAGGUGGUGACGCAGUUCUGCCUGCGGAUCCUGGAGGACUACAAGGAGAUCUUCCAGCCUCCGAAGGAGGCGUCCCAGCUGGAGACCGCGGAGCGGCGCUACGCCUGGCUCAAGCGGGCCGUUCGGGACUACGAGGAGAGGCACGCGCACACGUUCCCCUCCGAGUGGCGGGUCCAGUGCGGCCUCUGCAUGCAUUUCUGCCACGUCACGCGGCAGCACCUCGUGGAGGUGCUGAGCAUGACGUCCCACAUGGUGGACCCGGAGCUCAUGGUGCGGGUGCUCCGCAAGUCCAUCGACUUCGAGAACGAGCUGGCGAGGAAGUACCCCGCCGACGAGAGGCCCGCCCCUGCAGAGAAGUCCGGCGCGGCGAGCACCGCAGGCCUGGGCCUCAAGUACCCGGACGCGAUGGGCAAGGCGCGGCCGGCCGCGGUGGCCGACGACGGCGAGGACGCCGAGUUCGCCCCGCGGUUCAAGGGCAUCAUCAGCGAGUGCUUCGACGCCUACCUCGGCACCUGGGUGCGCCACGAGGAGCGCCAGCUGCUCGAGGAGAUGUCGCGGGGCACGGCCCCAGGGGCGGACGAGGUGAUCGAGCAGGGCGGCGGCGACGAGGAAGACGACGAUGGCAGCUUCGAGCCGAAACUCCUCUACAAAUCCGCCACCACACUGUUCGCCUCCAUGAAGGGCAGCAUGACGAAAUGCGCGGGCUUCUCCACCCACAACACCCUCUUCGACGUUUUCCAGGUGUUCCGAAAGGCCAUGUCGCAGUACACCGACCGGCUGGAGAAGCAGCUCCCGAAGGUGACCAGUGCGCCCCUGGAGGCGAGGGACGUGCAGAGGGUGUGCUGCGUGAUCGGCACUGCGGAGUACUGCGACGAGACGCUGCCCCAGCUGGCCGACUCCCUCCUGCAGGUGAUCGAUCCAUCCUUCGAAGAGAAGGUGACGUUCACGGCGGAGCAGGACGGCCUCCACCAGUUGAUGAAUCGCGCCAACGAGACGUUGGUUCUGUCUGUCGGCUGCAGUCUAGACGAGGCCUUCUCGAAGAUGACGCGCACUGCAUGGGCAUCGUUCUCGCAGGACGUGGGGGACCACAGCCCGUAUGUGGGCGACAUCUCCGAGAGGCUGCCGAAGCAGCUCGGACCGGAGCUAGACGCCUGCGGGACGCCGCGGAUUGUGGCGCUUCUCCGCGUCGCGCUGUACAAUCCCUUCUCGGUCUUGGAAUCCCAGAGGCAAGGGUUCUUGGGCGACCUAGAGAGAGCGAUGGUGGAGCAUGAGCAAGUCAUGCGGCAGCAGUUGCGAAGAGGGGGGCUGGACCAGGCGUGGCAGAGCUGGAUCGACACGGUACGCACGACUGGCAGAGUACAUGUCGCACAGGGGCCCAAAGAGGUGGAUCCCACAGUCACGGCCCUACGAGAGCGGCGACUUGCGUUGGUUCGAUUGCGACUUGCGGAACAGAAUUCCGAGACAUGGGAGAAGCACAGGGACUUCGACGAGUUGUGCAUUGGCCACUUCUAUGGUAUACAGCGCGUAGCAAAUUCGAAUCACACGCGCGACAUGUCGAAUGCCUCCGCCUCGGCGACGGCGCGAGCUAGGGGCCACGUGGCGGAGGCGGCGCUUUCUGCCAAUUGGCCGCUCGUGUCCCCGUGGGUCCAAGCACAGCAGAUGGGCGGAGUUUUGGCUAAGUAUCUCAGGGUGCUGGAGCGCGGCGAAGCUACGGGCUGGUCAGGCGAGCACCCGCGCUCGUCUGCGAAUCCGACGCUCGGGCAGAAGUGGUGCCUGAUACCGAUCCGCUUCGAGCAGGCGGCCCGGCGCUUCGGGCCUGCGCAACAGAUGGCCGAGGACGCUGUCGCGCACCCGCAAGUGAUCGGUCCGUGGGACGCGGGCGCGGUGAACUUAAUCCACUGUGCUACGCUGUCCUGGCGAACGUCUGCCCACGGUGCCGCGCGGCGUUUGUGCACCCAAGGGGGCGACGGCGACGAGAGGAAGGACACCUUCAAACGACAGGUCAGGCGCAGGGAGGGGCGGCAACCCGCGCCGAAGAGUUGCGCGGGCGCCGGCGCCAACAACAAAUCCCUGCGCGCGCUGGCGAUGAACAUGUUGCUGCCGCUCGCCCAGACCAGACGGAGCAUGGAAGGCGUGCUCUUCGACGUGCUGAUCGUUCCAGCGGACCCUCCAGAUGCGCUGAAGACGGAGGAACACGGCGCGGCCUACAACGACCAGGUCCAGUCCAAGGGUAAGGGCCACGGGCUGGGAGCGCCCCGCCUGCCCGCGUUCGGGGGGCUGCUGGAGGCGAUCUCGCUGGGGCAGCAAAGCAUAGGCAAGCGGAACUUCGACAGGCAUCAGGAGUUCAAGCAGCGUCUCGCGACGCUGGGAUACGACGAGCAGGUGCACAUCAUUCGCUUUGCCAAAGUGGGCAAGUGCUACGACCGGGGCAAGCGCGGGAUCACCUUAUGCGUUGGGGAGCACCGCAAGGAGCUGAUCGUGCUCUACAGCCACUUGGAGAUCGCCAUCGGUCGCGGGGGAAACGACGUCGGCCGAUCCGACAUCGGGGAGGAGGAUUUCGCCGAUGAGAAUUUCUGCGCAAUCUUCGGGAUCACAGAUGCCAAUGAAGAUGAUUUCGCCGAGGAGUUUUUCCCCUGGCACCCCAAGCAGGAGCGAUUCGCCCGCGAGGUUUUCUUCGAGAGCCACGGCGGCACAAAGGGCGAGGGGGAGAGUGUCGCCGCCGAGGUUUUCUCCAGGAUCGAAAGGGUCGCAGAUGCCGACGAGGAGCGUUUCGACUUCAUGUUUCUUCGAAAAUAUGACCCGAGGUGCCGCGAUGUCGGAGAGCUCUGA